AUGAAGACGUUUCAGUCUUUCGAUAUUGAUGAUGCCAAGGUGGAGGAAAGAAGAAGUCUUCUUCCCAAAACUAUUAGACGAACUAAGAGAGUGAAGAUUACUAAAGGUUCUCCUGCAUGGCCGGGCCUUAUUGUUGCUACUGUUUUGUUUGUCUGGUGGACUUGGUUUGUGAUAUUAGAUAUAGUUGGAUCUAAGGAACCAACUUUUGAUGCCGAUGAUAAAAUAUAUUAUGACUUUGAGGAGAUAAUACCGAGUGAAAAGCUUAGGUGGUAUCCGUGUCAUGAGGUCUACGGACCAACUUUCAGUUGUGCCAGGCUCACGGUCCCGAUGGACUAUCAUCGACCACUUAAUGAAUCGGAUGAUAACCCUAAAGUUCAUAUUGCAUUAGUCUUGCUACCCGGUAACCAUACGGGAGAUAGAAAUUUCUCCAAGUCACCAUUGCUCUUGAAUCCCGGUGGGCCAGGUGGUUCUGGCACCAUUUUCGCUUUAGUAGCCGGACGUCUGGUCCAGAGCAUCGUUGGAGAAGAUCAAGAUGUCAUUGGGUUUGAUCCUCGAGGUAUCGGAGCAACCACACCACGAGCUGACUGUUUCUCGUAUGGUGGCACUUAUGAUGGGGUGGGAGAUGACCAGGCUCGAGGAGACUAUCACAGGAUCCUCUUCACCGCCACGGGGGCAGGAAUUGGGAUUGCCAAUUCGAGCUCAACGGCAUUGCGGCAUCUUGAUGCACGUGCAAAAACUAUGGCGAAAUUGUGUGCAGAAAAGGAUUCUCUGAGCGGAAAGGAUAGCAUUUUCCGACAUGCGGGAACACCAAGUGUUGCAAGAGAUAUGCUUAGCAUUGUAGAUGCGUGGGAUGAGUGGAGAUUGGAUAUGAUAAAAACAUCGCCUUACUAUGAACCUGGCGAUGUUGAUCUUUCUGGUGAGAAGGGCUCUGAAGACGAGUCCGAGGAAGCUAGCCUAGAAACAAAGGGCAAGCUAGUAUAUUGGGGCUUCAGCUACGGGACACUUCUUGGAUCCACAUUCGCAGCGAUGUUUCCUGAUAGAGUAGGUCGACUUGUGCUGGAUGGCGUUGUUGAUGCCGAUAAUUAUGUUGCUCCUAUUUGGCGAGAGAGUCAACGAGAUGCAGAUAAGGUUUGGUCGUCGUUCUUCAAAUACUGUCAAGAAGCAAAGUCUGCGUGUCAGUUCUACAGAGCCAACGAUGAAGUAGCCGAUAUCGAACAGAGAUUCGAGUCUGUUAUGAAAACUAUAAAAGAGAACCCAAUCUCUCUUGUUAUGAAGGAUACCCAAAUACCUUCAAUCUUAACCUAUUCCGACAUCAAAUUCAUAAUCUUCACGACAUUAUACGGUCCGAUGCAAGGCUUUCGAUCCGUUGCUGCAUUACUUGAUGUUCUGGAGCGUAAUCUCGGAGAUUGGAUCGAGUUUGAACCAAUCCCUCCGUCAUAUGAUCUCAAGCCUGUUUGUGCACAUUCUCAGCCACGGUGGAGUUAUCCUGAUGAUGCACAGCGAGCCAUUCUUUGUGGCGACAAGAAGUACCCACUUAACCAAACAUUCUCCGAUAUUGAAAGCAUGUUCGAAGACCUGGCAGCUCAAUCAGCAUUUGCAGAUGCAUGGAUGACAGUUAUGAUACAGUGUUCGGGAUAUAAUAUCAAAAGCAUCGAUUCCCCAAUGCAAUGGGGUGAUUAUCCAGCACAUAGGCAAAAGCCAAUUAAGACUGCGUUUCCGUUGCUUUAUAUUAGCAAUAGCGCAGAUCCCGUUACCCCAUUAAUCGCAGGUUUAAAAAUGUCAGCAAAGUUUGUGGAUGCCGGGUUCUUUGAGCAAGAAUCCGAAGGACAUUGCACUAUAGCUGUGAAGUCCAGAUGUACGAUCGAGAAAGUUAGGGCAUACUUCCGCGAGGGAAAAGUCCCUGACCCUCCUAGACUAGGAGGAAAGGGAACAAACUUGCUCGAUGGAGAGUGGGAAAAAUGUCCAGCUGAUGAGCGGCCAUGGCAUGAAUAUCAACCCACUGCCCAGGUAGCAAACGACGAUAUGGAGGCUGCAGAAUUGGGGCGAAUGGAGGCAUGGGGUGGUAUCCGGGAUGCUUUUGCACAAAUUGAUCAUUGGGGCGCGAGGGAACUCAGGAGGUUUGAAUUUGCAUUGUGA